AGCUCCAAUAGGUCGUAUUAUCAUGCGCUGAGAGGCAUGUGCAAAUUGUGCAUCCAAAGUCCAUAAUGUCGUUCGGAUCCAUCACAUAUACCGAUGAUGAGUUUAAUGAAAUCCAGGCAGCACUGAGGAAGAGAUUAGGAACUGAUUUCGUAGCGACAAGGCCUGGUCCUGGUGGACAGAAACUAUACUAUGUGGAAGGCUGGAGGGUGGUUCAACUUGCUAACGAAACUUUUGGGUUUGAUGGAUGGGGCUAUUCUGUUACGAACAUGACUGUAGACUUCGUGGAUCAUCUGGCUGGCAAGUUUAAUGUUGGCGUGUCGGCCACGGUGAAGGUUACCUUGAAGAAUGGGUGCUUCAGAGAAGAUGUUGGGUAUGGCUGUGUGGAUGGAAUGAGAUCGAAAUCCCAAGCAGUGGAGAAGGCGAGAAAAGAGUCAAUCACAGACGGGCUAAAACGAGCGAUGAAGAGUUUUGGAAACUUAAUGGGGAACUGUUUGAACGAUAAAGACUACAUGAGGUAUCUCUCCAAAACCGCCAAGAAACCACCCGAGAACUAUGCCAGCAUCUCUGUAGCUGACACUAACAUGGCAGUGUUACCUAACUCGAGAAGACAGUCUGUGAGUCUGAUCUCAGUGGAGAAACCCGUGAGUGGUUUGUUAGCGGACAAUGCAGCCAGCUCUGGUGGAAGUGUUGUUAAUAAUACGUCCACUCCUUUGCGGCUUGGUGGUAAUGCUGAAAGGGAGAUAAAAACUGGAGUCACUGCUUCCAGUUCUUCAGGAAAACCAUCGUCUCGAGUUGAAACAAAUAAUGGAGAUAAAAGGGAUACGAGCUCAGUGAAUCAGUUUGAUAAAGAAGAACUUUCUAAUAUUCUUUCUCAAGAUUCAUUUGCAGAUUUCAGUCAAAUGGAAGAUAAAAGAAAGUCUAAAUCCCUGUUUGCCUUCGCACUUCGGUCGAGGAAUUCCCAUCGUCAUUCGUCAGCGAAAAAUGAUUGAAGCAGAGCAAAAAUUGUUUCGGUUUGCUAUCCAAAGAGAUUCAAGAGAAUACCGACCAUGUCAGAAACAGAAAAGAAGUUUAAGCUUGUCCUGAGUGAACAUGUCUCCGGGAAGGAGUGAACAUGUCUCCGGGAAGGAGUGAACAUGUCUCCGGGAAGGAGUGAACAUGUCUCCGGGAAGGAGUGAACAUGUCUCCGGGAAGGAGUGAACAUGUCUCCGGGGAGGAGUGAACAUGUCUCCGGGGAGGAGUGAACAUGUCUCCGGAGAGGAGUGAACAUGUCUCCGGGAAGGAGUGAACAUGUCUCCAGGGAGGAGUGAACAUGUCUCCAGGGAGGAGUGAACAUGUCUCCGGGGAGGAGUGAACAUGUCUCCGGGGAGGAGUGAACAUGUCUCCGGGGAGGAGUGAACAUGUCUCCGGGAGGAGUGAACAUGUCUCCGGGGAGGAGUGAACAUGUCUCCGGAGAGGAGUGUGUUUGUGGCAAAGUCCUGUUAACCUACUUCAUACUCUGACUCCUGAUCCUGACCAGUAAGAACCCGUUAUACUUAUUAGUAAGUAAACCAACUAAAUCUCACCUUCUCUUCCCCCGAUCUUCCGUCUCAUUAUUUGAUUGAUUUAAGUAAUUUUUAAAUUUAACGCGGAGGAAAGUAAAUAUUCUAGAUUGGAAUGUUGAGUUGAUCGAAGCUACGCAGCUUCCUUGUACCUCGACAGUCGGAAUUAAAAUCACUGCGUCAUCAAAUUAUUUCAUUAGCCCAGGCACUUAUUUAAUUCUCGUAUGAGUUGUCUAACCUUAAUCAUAUUCACUUAAUCGGUGUCUCGCGACCUAAUUUUCGCACCUCCGUUAUUUCACAACUCAAUACAAUCAUCAUAAAUCUCGGCCGCCAUAAUCAGCGAUACUUCAGGUCACAUCACCCUGACAACCUCUUUCCCCAGAAUCUAACGGUGGCAUGUGAUCACUAGAGAGCUCCCAAAGAUUCAGUUCUCAAAGUCAUUACAAUCGCGGCGACAGUCCUCCAGAGGACAAAAAGCUCACUGUCCGAAAAUGUGGAGUUCCGAUUUUUACUCCCGAGCUCGAUUUGACAGGGGCCUUGCGAGGCGGGAGCUCUGCAUUUCUGCAAUCUGCAUUGACGAUAAACGAGGCUUAACUCGUGGAGAAGCCACUUGAUUUCUGAACGAUCUCCACUAAUAUUGUUUAGAAAUGAGAACAUUAAGCUUUGUGGUCAAUCGACGAGGCUAAACAUUUGAAAUUGAAAGGGCUAAUAGGAAGACUGGUUAUGUGGAUUGUUCUGGACGAAACGGUUUACUCUUAGUGCAAAAAAAGCCAGCCCAUAGAAAUUUUAUAACAGUUUUUUAAGACGCCCCUGCCAUUUUUAAAUUUUUAUUCAUAAUAACUUCGACGACUGUUGAUUUAUUUUGUUUUGUGAUCAAAGACUUAUAGUUUAUAUAGUGCCAUGAAGACUGGCACAAAUUUUAAUCUAAUUUUGAAUGUUUGAGGGUACAAACGACUGCAGUCUGCACCUUUCAAAAUAUUUUGUAACAAGGUGUAAAACUUGUAUGUGGUUAGCUAAUGCAGUGUUGUUUAUCGUAUCAUGUUCAAACUUUUCAGAUUUUUAAAAACCACGCCCAUUUCUCGUGGCCGGCAAUGUUAUUAAGUAUUGUAGGGUUUGGCCACCUGUUCUUCACCUUCUAUUCCGGGUCAUAACUGAUAGCGUCAAACGUUUUAUGUCCGGAAAUAAGUCAGCAGUAACCAGAAACUCCCGUGUCGUUGAGCAAUUCGAUUUGGACAUCUGGCGAUAAAGACACCUUAUCUAAGCGUUCGAGUUUCACCCUAGUUCAACUUUACAUCAACUUUGUCUGCUCACCGGGCCUUUUGCCCGGACAUGUUUCUGUCUAGGUUGAUAAUUGUUUAUUUCUCUGUGAUCAUACAACGUGAUAAUUCUUAACUUUUUAUUGCAUCAAGAAUUUGGAUAUUGUAAUUUUCCUUCAGUAUUCGGUUUCUUGUCGUAUUUUAUAUGGCUUUGAUGUGGGAUUUAUAGCUUUCUCCAAGAUGUUUCGUUGAAAUUCAUCGGUUUUUACUUUUAGUAAAACUUGAAAGAACCAACAAUGUUUUGUUAAAAUUGAGUGUUAAAAUUUCGUUCAUUUGUUACCACAAAAUUAGAUUAAGUUUAUCGGUGACUUUAUAUUAUAAAUCAGAUAAAGGUUGUAAAGUUUUAAUUGUUGGUAUAUAAAAUAAGAAAACAUCUUAAUUGGAUAAGAAUACCGAUUAUUUAACCCGUUUACUUGCUUAAUCGAAUCAUGGAAUUGGAAAGGCCUUUUUUAUUGUAGGCCUUUAUAAAAAAAUAUUUUCCUAGGUUUGUUGAAAUCUGAAUAUUCAUUUUAAUAUUACUUUUUAUAAUUAUAGUUUUUACUGUUAUUGAAGUUUUUAUUUUUACGGCAGUUUUUUAUUCGUACUGUAUUCAUUUAAUGAAAUUAAUAAUACCAUUUCACCC